CGCUCUCGUAGAUGCCAGUCAUCUUCUGCUGAAACAAAUAUACUUCUGCGUUUAAGAUGUCCGUGCGUGUAGUUAACGACGAAUCACAUUUCCAGGCCGAACUUGCCCAAGCCGGCGUGCGUUUGGUUGUGGUCGACUUCACAGCAACAUGGUGUGGUCCUUGCCGCCAAAUAGCUCCGCAUUUCGAACUGUUGCCCAAUAAGUAUCCCAGAGCAAUAUUUUUGAAAGUAGAUGUGGACAAGUGCCAGGACACGGCAGCCGGUCAAGGCGUGUCCGCCAUGCCCACGUUUAUAUUUUACAGAAACAGAACCAAAAUCGAUCGUGUACAGGGCGCAGACAUCAAUGCUCUGGAAGCCAAGAUACAAGAACAUAUUGGUAGUGCAGAUGUGGAUGAAUCUGGCGAGGACUACGGCCAGGGACUGAUGGAGCUAAACACAUUCAUUUCAAAGCAAGAAUGCGAGUGCUUGAACGAAGCCGACGAUCAUAAUCUAAAGCAUGCUCUGGCUUCCGCCGGCGGUUACUUGCAAUCUGACUGCGAUGAGCAGUUGAUUUUGUCAAUCACAUUCAAUCAGGCGGUGAAGAUACACUCUCUGAAGCUCAAGGCUCCUCCCCAAUUGGGACCCAAGGACGUUAAGUUGUUCAUUAAUCAACCGCGUACCAUAGACUUUGACAUGGCCGAGUCCAUGAGCAGCGUGCAGGAUUUGACCCUGGGCGAAAAGGAACUCGAAAACGGCCAGCCUGUCAAUUUGCGCUAUGUUAAAUUCCAGAAUGUACAGAACAUACAAAUAUUUGUGAAGAAUAAUCAGUCUGGCGGUGAGGUGACGCAAAUAGACUAUAUUGGUUUCAUCGGAUCACCUAUUAUGACCACCAAGAUGAAUGAAUUCAAACGAGUGGCCGGUAAAAAGGGUGAGAGUCACUAAAUGAUGGGCCUGUUUCAACAAUGCAGACAAAAUGAACACACCUGGACUACCCACGAGGGCUGUUCAAUUGAAAUUUGGAGCGUUUUUAUUUAACAAUUGUAGUACGCAUUUCUCUUUAUUAACAUUUCGACCUAAAGCUACGAAAAAAAAUAACUACACAAACAAAUGCAUACAAUGUUGAAAUAGCAUA